AUGUCAAGAGUUUUAACGUUGGAAUACUACCAUCAGCGAUCCUCGGCCACGGCCGGUCCCCCAAGGACCACGGCUUCUGAACCCCCGCCUUGGGCCGUAUUGUUUCCCCAGGAACAAGUACUCUCAGGUUCUCCGCCAGUUUCAUUUCCAAACAGGCACCAGUCAGUAGCAGCAUCGACGACGUCUCGAGGAUCGUCUGCACCAAUUUUCACUCCUGAGUCGAGUCGCUCUCCAUCUAUCGUCAGAAGUGACACCUUGUUUCCGGAACCAAUAUUGCCGAGACGAGUGUCUCCAGAUGAGCCUAUUCCAUCAGUUGAGACUGAGGCAUGGACAGAGUCUCCAAUAUCUGGAGCGUCGAUCCCUCGUACACCGAAUACUCGCCCAGGGGCUGCUCGAGCAUCAACCUCCCCGCUGACAUCAGCUCCGCACUCUCCACUCUCCUAUAGGGCUGCCGAUAGUCUCCCUGGAGAACGAUAUCCAGCGCGGGACUCCCCCGAAAUUGGAAGCAUCACUGAUCGUCUGGAUCGGCUGAUUAUCGAACGCCUCGAUCGCACACCAGUAGAUAUGGGGUUGUCCGAUAUUAGAGCCGCACUGUCAAAUCUGUUCGACGAUGCUGGGCGACGGACUCCUCAACCAAGCAAUCCUACGCCUGCUUUUAGGCAAAGCUCCUUGACCCCGCGCCCUCCUCGUCGAUCGCGGGGACGUUCUGAAGCAGCCCUGGUGUAUCAUGAUGUCAAGGACGAGGAGUUGCCAGAGAGUCGUUUCUACGACCCAGCGGUCCAAAAUGCCAUCAAGAACGCCAAGGCAUUGAUGACUCAGUUGGCAGGUGUUCUCGAAGACAGCCCUCUUCACAUCAACCCCGAUUCAACAAUCAGACGACUGUAUGGCCAAGCACUGGAUCUGUCCCAAUUUGAAGGACCUUCGACGCGGACUGUUGGGUUUGUUGGAGAUUCCGGCGUUGGUGAGCGUCUAAGCAAUAGCGGGGCCGCAUGCACCUGCGUUGUUACCGAGUAUCACCAUAAGGACGGGGAUGCUUUCACUAUUGACGUGGAAUUAUUCAGUCAGGAUGAGCUCAUGGAUCAGAUGAAGGAACUGCUUCAAUCGUAUCGAAUGUUUCACCUGAACGCGGGAGAAUUGAGGAGAAAUGAUGAGGCGGCAACAGUUGUCGAUAUUGAAGAGCAAGCAAACGUCGCUCGGGACACUUUCCGGUCCCUGUUCCGCGGUCAGCUGGCGAGCGAAGACUUCCUUAUCAAUGAGGAGGAAGCCACUGUUCUAAGAACCUUUCAUUCCUGGCUGCGGAGAGUGGACCUACCGCUUGAAGGAAGACAUGAGAAGCCUUCGCGGGAUAGUUGCGCUGCUUUCCUGAUGUAUCUGACAUCCGAAUCGGUAGAUACACGAACGCCAGCUGUUUGGCCUUUCGUCCGUAAGAUCAAGGUAUUUUUGCCCUCACAUAUUCUGAGUAAGGGUCUAAUCCUCGUCGACCUUCCUGGACUGCGUGACUCCAACUCGGCACGGAGACUUAUCACCGAAAGAUAUCUGGUCGAAUAUGAUGAGAUUUUUGCCAUAUGCAACAUUGGGCGGGCAACUACAGAUGUCGGUGUGGAAAGUGUCUUUGAACUUGCGCAACAGGCAGGGUUGUCCAAAGUUGGGAUCGUCUGCACAAAGUCUGAUGACAUUCGAGUUGAAGAAGCCAUGAAAGAUUGGCGAGGCCGACACGCAGAUCGUAUCCAGCAACUGAGCAAUGCAGUUUCAACCACUGAGGCAGACAUUGAGAAUAUCAAUCUUGACCUGGCGGAAAUUGACGAGUUGGAGAUGACGGAACUGACAGACGAGGAACAAAGAGAAUCGAUUCGACUCCACAACGAACAGAGGCGAACCAAUGCGGUUUUGAAGAAGAAUUUAUUCGAACUAAAAGAGUAUCUGAUAAAGACCCGCAAUGCCAUUGUCACCAGGCAACUUCGAACAGCUUACGAAGACAAGAUUGCAGGCGGAAACCUGGCGGUGUUCUGCGUUAGCAACAUCCUAUACUGGGAUGAACGACAUAAGCCGAGAGACGUGGCCCUCCCAUCACUGCAGCUCAGCGGUAUCCUUGCUCUACGAAAGCACUGCCUCGGCAUCAUUGCGGACAGUCAGUUGAGUAUUGCCAAGCGAAAUAUCGAUAACGACAUUCCCGCUAUGCUUGGAGAAGCUGCAUUGUGGGUUGAGUCUGGUGCAGGAAGCACCGGUGCUGAACAAAAGCUCCAUAUUCGCGACACGCUGAAUUUGAUCGAGUCUCGGUUGAAGAGGGACUUGACAAGAAGGAACUCAGAUCUCAGCCUCGUUGGGACGUCGAUCAAAGAUGACUUCAGGAUACGAAUCUAUGAUAAUCGACGCAACAAUACAUGGAUGACUGCAGCGGCGAAUGCCGCCUUGGAAUGGGAUCCUUGGGCGCCUGGGACCUAUUCAGCGUUCUGUCGCAAUUUCGGGAACCAUCGUACCAGAAUUGCCGGCUGGCAUGAUUGGAAUCAGGAGUUGAUUUGCACCAUGGCUAGAGAUGUGACGCCUCAGUGGGAUUCGGUGUGCACAUCUUGCAGGACCAGACUGGAGCAGAGCUGUCGUCUGAUCCAGAGCCAGAUGGACUGGGCACUGGAAUUUCUUGAAAAUGAGCUUGAGCUUUUUCCUGGAGUCACCGAUCUCCUUCAGGAAACUUUGAUCUGCCACAAGAAUAUCAUGGAGUCCCAAGUAGAGGAUCUCACGGAUAAAACCGGCGCUGACUUGAACUCGCUACGUAUUGACGUACUUACCGGCAUUCGAACGUCCAUACUUGGUCAAGCGAUGGAGACCCCUUACAGGAGGUGUAACGCGGAAUAUGAUAAGUUGAGAUCAUACAGCCCACAUCUUGGAUUCAAGAGCAGAAUGAGGCUUUUAGCGGAUAACGUACAAACCGAGCUACAAGCUAUCGUCCGUGAUGGGUUGGCUGCGAUUACGUCGGUUCUUGACCUGAUCAGGAAUGACAAUGUUGCGACAGAAAGCGAGGAGAACCCCGAGUUGAGACGCCGCUUGGAACAAGAGAUCGCCACGAUCAAGGAACGGAUGAGACGGAUCAUGGAUAUCAUGGAUGGCUCGGUUCCAGGAAAGAGCCUGAUGAUGUGUCUAUUCCGAUCAUUCAACACGAAAAUGCCGCCAAUCUCAAAGCAGCCACAAUCAUAUUAUGAGACUUAG